AUGACUACACCUUCCAAUCCCAAGCCAAGGCGAAUCUAUCUGAUCGGUCCUGCUUCAGUCGGUAAAACAACUCUAUGCAAUGUGAUUGCAAACCAUCUCUCCCUCCCGCCAUCCGUCCAUGUCGCUGAAGUUGCUCGGGACGUGAUCAGAGCCAGAGGCUGGACUCGUGAAGACAUCGGGUUGCUGGAGAUGCAACAAGCCAUUCUAGACGCGCACGCAGAGAAAGAACGGCAAGUCAUCGAGAGGACCGCGACUGAGAACUUCGAGCGAGGAGGGAUCCAACUUCUAUGCGACAGAUCCGCUGUCGACCCGAUCGUUUAUGCCGUCCUGACUAGCAGCAGAGUCGCUGACGCGGACGCGACGGGUUCGGGUUCGGGUUCGGGUUCGGGUUCUUCCUCCACUGGCACUUCUCUCGAAAACGCUCGUCGUGAUUCCCUCAUCCAAUCCCCUUCUUUCCAAGCGAUCCUCCCGAUGUACUUGUCACCAUUAUCCAGCUUCUACCUUCUCGAACCGGUGGAGAGUUGGCUGAAAGACGACGGGUUUCGUUAUGUUGGCGAACAAUUGGAGUCAUUUGAGAUUUUCAAACGGGUUUUGGGUGAGUUGGGUAUUGUGUAUCGACUGAUAGGGAAGGACAUGUUGGAUUUGGACGAAAGGAUUCGGUUCGUAUUGAAUGAUCCUGAUGAGUAG